UGUUGUGGUCCCUCCCCGAGAGUGGGUAUAUAUAUAUAUGACAGAUUAGAGGACGGAGUUACAGAGCAGAGCCAAUUGCUUUGGGACUCCACACAAGACACUGGACUAUUGCUUCACCACCACAGAGAGAGCGAGAGAGAGAGAGAGAGAGAGAGAGAGAGAGAGAGAGAGAGCGAGAGACAGAAAGAAACAGCUGUUAAGUCAAGAAGGACAAUAGUGCAAUUAAAAGAGAGCGGGCUCAACAGAAAUGGGACUGCUACGUGUUGAAGACCUGGUCACGGGGAAGAGGUGUGAGGGGAAGGAGGCAGGGGAUGCGUGUGCAGAAGUGUACGCGGCAGGAGAGUAUGAGGCGGUGGUCAAUCGCGAGAAACAGGACGGCUUUUCAACACAUACCGAUCUGAGCACAGCGAACAGCAGCAGCCAGGAUGAAGACAACCUCACACUCAAUAUUGACCGGUUAGGUCACCUGAAGCUGGAGACUGUAGACGAUCUCUUCAGCAUCCUCGAGCUGAAGAAGAGGAGGAAAGAGAGGAAGAUAUGUGCUCACAAGAAGGAACCUGAACCUGAGAUAGUGCCAGAAACAGUGGACCAGGCCAUGUUCCUCAAAGCUGCUGAGGAAAAUAAGCUAGCUGUGGUGGAGAAGUACCUGUCUGAUGGUGGAGACCCCAAUGCCUGUGACCAUUUCAAGCGUUCUGCUCUGCAUAAAGCCUGCUUUCACGGUCACAUUGAGGUCAUGAAGAGGCUUCUGGAGGCCGGAGCUUCAAUUGAGAACAAAGACAAGCUGGACGCUACAGCCGUGCACUGGGCCUGCAGGGGGGGCUGUCUGCCUGCACUGGAACUGCUGCUGAACGAGGGAGGCAAAAUCAGCUCCAGAGACAAGCUAUACAGCACUCCGCUCCAUGUAGCGGUCAGGACUGGCCAUUACGAGUGUGCGGAGCAUCUCAUCCACUGCGGAGCGGACAUCAGCGCUAAAGACAGGGAGGGAGACACGCCCUUACACGAUGCAGUGAGGAUCAACAGGUUCAAAAUGAUCCAGCUGCUGCUGAUGUACGGGGCCAGCAUGAAGACCAAAAACAACGAUGGAAAGACACCAAUGGAGAGUCUUCUCGCAUGGCAGAAUGGAGCUAAAAACAUACUGUGUAACUUUAAGGAGGAUGCAGCUUCUCCAACUCAAUAGAGCGAGAGAGAGAGACAGAGAGUGAGAGAGAGAGAGAGAGAGAGAGAGAGAGAGAGAGAGAGAGAGAGAGAGAGAGAGAGAGAGAGAGAGAGCUAUCAGCAUUACCAUUAUGAAUGCAUGCAGAAGGCAAUGGCCUUUUUAUUAAAUCUGUGAACUGCUUUGUGUUUGAGAAACGCUGAAUGUUGACUGAACGCUGGACGAUAAUUGCUGGCAAUUCGGCAACUGAAGCAGUGAGAAUGUAUUUGUAAAUAUUGUUUGAAUGAUGGAGAAUUAUCAGAAUUCUGAGAGCAGCUGAUGAAGAGUGAGUUUGGAGCUUCUUAGAAUGUAAUUUCUUUACUUUAUUUUGCGCCAACUCACCGUCAGAGCAUGACGCUGUUGUCGGAAAAAAACCUCAUAUCUCCGAAAUGGUGACUUUACAGGAGAAGGAAAAAACCUACUUUACUUUUAAUGUAAGUCAAUGGAACCAGAGUU